UUGUUUAAAAAACGAACAAUUACAUUCAUUUCAUUUCUGUAAGAAUUAUACACGAGACAUGUAUAUUAGUGAAAUCGUCAUGAAAACGAAGAGAAUUUUGGAAAAUGCAUAACCGCGUUACACGUCCAACGUUAUUGCCAAUUAAUUGGUUAUAUUCGUAAAAACAUUCCGAUUUAUUGUUUAAAUAGUGCUAAGGACGUGUUAUUUGAAGUCAAUUAGAUCUCGCUGCACGUUUUAUGUUCUCUGUUAUACGAGCAUGGGAUCAGAUGAAGGAGAACCUUUAUCCAGUUUUUUCUACAAAAUGUUAAACAAUCCCAAUAAAGAUUUUCAUCAUCGGAUAUCAAACACAUUACCUCAAGCGUUCAGCAUGAACUCCUGCUGGUAAUAGCCGACCCUAUACGCGACAAAUAUGUACGGGAAGUUUAAAGAAGAAUCCCAUCAAAACGGGGACGGCGAACAUCGGGGCCCGGCUUCGGAAACAGCGGGGAAGGUCGCGCAACAAUUCUUGGAUGGAUUGAAAAAGAAACAGGAACCAGCCAAGGCGGGAGCAUGUCUUGGAAAGACGACUAAAGCUGACGUCAUGAAAUGGCUGGAUGCCAAUGACCUUGACCUCAUGCAUCACGUGAUCAUUAUAAAUCAGGGCGAGGCGGUCGAAUAUCUGCUAAAGAACGGAUAUUUCCAGGCUCCGUUCGAGCCCCGGAGCAACCUGUACGCGCACCUGGCAUGCCUGCUGGGCCACCGGACGUGCCUGAACAUCAUCCUACAGUACCGGAAGGACGACAACCGACCCUCCAAUAAACUCACAUACAAACUGAACGGCAAUGGACCUUCAGACAGGAGGAGGGAGAUCAUGCCACUCGAUGUCGCUGCGGAGGCGGGUCAGCUGGCAUGUGUGAAGCAGAUUCUAGACCAGUGCGUCAUCAAGGAACAUCCGGAAUUCGCAAAGUACCCGUAUGUAGCGCUCGCAUGCAUCCCCCAGUCGCAGAUGGCCGUAAAUCUCAUUAUCAAGAAGGACAAACCAGGGCCGGAAGACAUCAAGAAAGCGAUCGAGGUUUCCCUAAAAAAAGCGAGCGCCUUUUGUUUAGACAUUCUGCUUCAAACGAAGAUCAAGACAGACGACAUGUUUGGGAAAAAGAACUUUUUUCACAUGCUGUAUACUUUUAGCAAUACGACGGAAUUCGGAACAGAAGGUUAUCGGCGAUUACCGGAUGUUACGCAAGUUUUAAUUCGUCAUAAAUAUGACGUCAACAAAGCAUCUCCGCCGAACACAUACCCCAUGUACAGCCUGAUCAAGAACUCGCUGUGCAUUCAUGAUUACGGGAACACGAGGCAUUACGUUACCGCCCUCAGAAUGCUCGUGGAUGCAGGUGCGAACCCCAACUUUGACGAAGUUGCUUACGAAACGAAGCUCAACGCCAAAGGUAUCAAAUCUGAGCAUGGCCGGAUGGCGUAUAGUUCCGCCAUGCACUGCUUGUUAGAGACCACGGAAGUGUUCUCGGAGUAUCUAGAAUCGAAGGCUCUCGCCGUCCGGUUCGUUGUCCAGAUGUCCGAAGCGUUAAUUCAGAGCAGAGCGAAGAUCAACGCCCGCGGGAGGCUGGGGGAUAAGGACUGCAACAGGUACGGCACGGUACUUCACCAGUUUGCAAAGUCCAGCGUGAAACUCGGCGUCGACACGGACAUAUUCAAGUAUUUGCUCCGCCAGGGCGCGGACCCGAACGCGAGGGAAGAGAACGGCAAAUACGUCAUUAAUACGUUCUGUGAUACGUUGUUCUCAAGUUUAAAGGAGCUUACGCAUCACGAGAAGCCAAAGGACCACUCUAAUGACGUGGAAACAAUGCUGUCAUUGACGUUGUUCAUGACUCGCGCAUGCGUUAAAGAGACGUUGCAAAUCCUAAAGAAGGACUAUUCCAAAAACACCCCGCAGCACAUUAAGAAGUACUACGAGACAGCGGUUCGGCAAUUGGAAGAAAGGUACCAUGAAGUAUGGCCCCUUAAAAGGAUAUGUAGGACCCUUAUUUGGGAUCUCUGUGAAAGAGACGCGGCUAGGGUAAAGUCUCUACCGACAGACAUUGAGUCGAGAACUUAUAUUCUCCCGAGUAUAUGAGAGCAACGCAACCAAACUGUUAGCUACCCUACACAGUUCAUAUCAUAUUCUACUACUUAAAUUGAUUUAUUUGUUUUAUAAACAAUAAUUUUCGCAUUGCAUUUAUAAAUCGUUUUCAGCCAUAGCGUUAUAAAUGUUACUCAUACAUGUUCUGCUGCAAUCAAUAAGUCAUGAUUGUCUGUAUAUGAGUGUUAUUAUUAUAUCUUGCAGACUCUAGUACUUUGUAGAAAACAACUAUUACCUAUUCCAGAGCUUUAUGACUACAUGUAGCGUCAUCGUGACAGAUGCGUCAUAACGUUAUCUGACAUCGCAUAUACAAAAAAAUGGCUUUGAGCAUUUCAUACUUGAGAUCACGAGUUUAUAAUUUUAAAUGGACUUAACCUCGCAGUGGUUCGUUUUAAUUUGUGAAAAAAACACAAAACCCAUCCCACAACACUAGCAAACGCACAUGAGUAUUGAGUUACCAAAGGUGGGACGAAUGUUGAACUAUAGUUGCAUGCUUUAAAAAGUUAAGUCUUACAUAGUUUAAAAGUUCCACGAAUGUAGAAACCGGAUAAAUGGUUCCAAUUUAUAUUUAAUCAUAAAGUUUCAGGCGAUUUGUCAGAAACACAAUGCCCCCUUUUGCGCCGCUUUGAAGCCAUAAAUUUGACCUUUGACCUUAAAUGAUGACCUUUCACCACUCAAAACGUGCAGCUCCAUGAGAUAAACAUGCAUGCCAAACAUCAAGCUGCUAUCUUCAAUAUUAAAAAAGUUAUGACCAAACUUUAACGAAGAUAAAAGUUUUAGGAAAGAACAAGAGAUGUGUUCGUCAGAAACACAAUGCCCCCUUUUGCGCAGCUUUGAAUCCAUAAAUUUGACAUUUGACCUUAAAGGAUGACCUUGACCAUUCACCGCUCCAAAUGUGCAGCUCCAUGAGAUACACAUGCAUGCCAAAUAUCAAUUUGCUAUCUUCAAUAUUAAAAAAAGUUAUGACCAAACUUUAACAAAGGUUAAAGUUUUAAGAAAGAAAAAAAACAAUGAUCUUUGACCUUGAAGGAUGACCUUGACUUUUCACCACUCAAGCUGUGCAGCUUCUUGAGAUACGAAUGCAUGCCAAAUAUGAAGUUGCUAUCUUCAAUAUUGCAAAAGUUAUAAAACUUUAACCAAGGUUGAAGUUUUGAGACAGAAUGACGGAAUGACAGGCCAAAAACAAUAUACCCCCAAUCAUUCGAUCCGGGGGCAUAAAAAAACAAUGAUAUUUUACCUUUGACCUUGAAGGAUGACCUUGACCUUGACUUUUCACCACUCAAAAUGUGCAGCUCCGUGAGAUACACAAUGAUUGCCAAAUAUGAAGUUGAUAUCUUCAGUAAUAUAAAAGUUAUGAAACUUUAACCAAGGUUAAAGUUUUGGGACACACACAUACAAUGACUGACUGACACAAUGACAGACAGACAGGCCAAAAACAAUAUACCCCUGAUCUUUCGAUCCGGGGGCAUAAAACAUGUAUUAUGUGAGAAGGUUGCAUGCAUAGCAUGAACUUUAUGACUAGGCCAUAAGAAAAUGUUCAUUUGUUUUUAUUAACAUCGCUAACAAAAUUGAAAUAAUGUACAUGCAUGUAGGUUUGCUAUAUUGUAGUUUUCGAUAACCUAUUCAAUUAGCAAUAGAUUGCGAAAAACUGCUCAAUCUCUAAUUAAGAUUCUUUUUAUGAUUGGUAAUUUUAAGUAAAUUUAGCGAAUAUUAUCAAAUGUAGCAAAAAUGAUCGCACCGAUACCAGUUUAUAUAGCGAAUGUAAUCGGAUUCACAAAAUAAUUGAAAACUCCACCUAAAUACUAACCAGAAGCCAAAGGCCGUCAGACGAAACCUUACUGUUCUGAACAUGUAAUAGUCACAAUGUUUCAAUAUACAGGAAAACUGCCCCAACCACCUGACAAGUGGCAUCCAUGUUUUGGAAAAAAACUUAAUCUUUUUGUUUUAAUCCGCCAACUAUACACAAUUGAUUUAUGUUUUCAUGUAGUUUCCCCGUGAUGAGUGGGCCAAACAUGUUAUAUCUACAGUAUUCAACACAACUUCUCCACAUGAUGAACAUGUGUGGUAUUAUUUUACAACAGCGGGGGGUGUUUAAAGUCUGACCGAGAUCAAUAAUACCAGAAUCUGAUGUCUAUGAGUGACCUUCACCUUUGAGUUAGGGAGCUUUUAUUGGCAACACCCAUCUCGAUUUUGUGAACCUUUGUGGUAAGUUAUUGUAAAAUUGCACCAUGUUUGAUUAAUAUGACCUUUGACUUCAAAAUGAUUUUGGAAGCCUAUAUGCGUAAAUCUGACAUUUCAUUGAAAAACUUCUAUGACUGAGUCCAUUUUUUAUUCACAAAUUAUUGAGCAGAAACCCCAGUUUGACGAUGUCCCACAUGCACAACCAGUGAAACAACCAAAUAUUAUUACCCAAAUAACAAGUUUUUGAGAAGAGAUUUUAUAAAGCCUGCUUCCCUAACCUACUGGUUAUGCGGAUACAAAUGUUUAGUUUGUCUGGCACCGCCGCAUAAGUUUUAUAACACUUGCUUUGAUUUUAGAUCGAAAGCAAAUAUUUUUCAUUUCAUAAAAUAUAUAUUAUUGUUCAUAUUCUCAAUGGGGCAAAAAGAGAAAUAGCCACCAAAAAAGCACAAACUUAAAGUUAAGUGUAACCACUGGUAACCUACCUUUGCCAUAUGCACACACAGAUCAAGAUUAAAUUUUUAUGUACCUCAAGUUGAUGGCUUAACUAGUUCUUCAUUUUACUACAAUGGUAUUAAGGAUUGGAAUUCAUUACCUGAUAAUAUAAAGUCCAUCAAAUCGAAAUUUACUUUUAAGAAAUUUGUUAAGAAACAUUUAUAACAUGAAAUGAAGGAAGACGAGAAAUCCAUGUAUUUUUACUUUUAGAUUUGUUUUAUUUUAUGAAAUUGCUUAUUUUUAUGCUAAUUUGCAUGAGUCUGUGUAUUAUCAUGUCAAUGUUUGAAAGUCUCACUUUUUUAAUACGUAAAAGAAAUAAUUGAAAGAUUAUGUCGUUUUUAUCUUAAGACCUGAAACAAACUAUAUAUUUAUAGUCACUUAUAAGACCUGUUUAACAAAAUCCAGGGACCCCGUUGGAAAUAAGCAUAUUCAUGUUUACAUGUCUAGGCUUUACGGGCUAUCCUGUGUAUACAUCAUAUCGUUAUAUUAGUUAGAUCUGUGAUAAAAGGCACCAUUUACACCUCAAGUUACAAUGUAAGCUAUAUCGUAGUAUUUUUAUUUAACAUGUUACCACAUUGUAAUGCAUUGAUUAUAUUGAACUGUAAAAUGCUUGACAUGUAUACACAAAUAAAACUAACUAACACAG